GGAGCUGAAGCAGCCAUAAAGGAGGCUCCACACUCAGCCGCCUGGAAGGAAUUAGGCAGCAGCAACAGAGAGACUUUUGGCCACUUACUUCUCUGUGCUCUGUGAAACCUGGAUGCUUGCGUGGGCAAACUCUAGAAGUACUUAUCUUCAUGCCACUUUUACAAACAAACAAACAAAUGAUUCUGAUUCCUACAGAGUCAUUGCUGGAAAACUUUUUUUAAUUUACUGAACGAUUUGGUGGCUUUUUUUGUAACUUGUAAAAACUUUUAAAAAAUGAAUGAAACUGCCAGAAGUUGAUGGAGAAAAGUAUUUUUUUGUUUUUUCAUAGUUAAUGCUUUAUUCAUACUUUUUUACAUGAAUGAUGCCAAAGAUGACUGACGUUGAUGUUUGUACACAUGAGAAGUUGUGUAGUUGAUGACUGCAAAUAGACUGUUAGAAACUAGUUGAGGACGAGCAGUCUGGGAUUUUCUUUUUUUCAUCCUCCUUAGCCAAUUUAGAGGAACGUGCUUAAAAUGUGUUAUUUUGAAUGCGGAUCAAUGUCAGCGGAUUGAUGAGCUUCACCACUACGCAAGUGUCCUCUGAAACUGCGUUGAGAAUUUUUGUCCCUGUGGAUCAUCACCAGAGCUGCCGGAGCUGACCGCAUCCUUCCUCAAGGACGAACCAGAGGACCACAGCUGCUUCAAGAUGAAGUGUCAGAGGGUCCUCACCUACCUUCGGAUACUUGGCACCACCAUGUUCGGCGUGUCCCUCCUGGUGGGCAUCUCCACGGCCUACAUCAUGGGCUACCAGUUCUUCCAAACAGCUCACAACCACCUGUCCUUCGGCCUCUAUGGCGCCAUCUUAGUCGUCCACCUCGUCAUCCAGAGCCUCUUUGCGCUCUUAGAACACCGAAACAUGCGGCGGUCCUUGGAGACGCCGAUCAAACUGAACAAGUCCUUGGCCUUGUGCAUUGCGGCGUAUCAAGAGGACCCAAACUACCUGAGGAAAUGCCUGGUGUCGGUGAAGAGACUGACGUACCCGGGGAUCAAGGUGAUCAUGGUGAUUGACGGGAACAACGACGAUGACUUGUACAUGAUGGAUAUAUUCAAAGAGACCAUGGGACGGGACAAAUCGGCCACGUACAUCUGGCGGAGUAACUUUCACAGCCAGGAGCCCGGCGAGACGGACGAGGCUUACGCAGAGAGCAUGCAGCAGGUCACCAGAUUGGUCCUCAACAACAAGUGUGUGUGCAUCAUGCAGAAGUGGGGAGGGAAGAGAGAGGUCAUGUACACAGCCUUCAAAGCACUGGGGCGAAGCAUGGACUACGUUCAAGUGUGUGACUCCGACACUAUGUUGGACCCGGCAUCGUCGGUGGAGAUGGUGAAGGUCCUGGAGGAAGACCCUAUGGUGGGAGGCGUUGGAGGAGAUGUGCAGAUUCUAAACAAGUACGAGUCUUGGAUCUCCUUCCUGAGCAGUGUGCGGUACUGGAUGGCCUUCAACAUUGAGCGGGCCUGCCAGUCCUACUUUGGUUGUGUGCAGUGCAUCAGCGGGCCUCUGGGAAUGUACCGGAACUCCAUCCUGCACGAGUUCAUCGAGGACUGGUACAAUCAGACUUUCAUGGGAUCCCACUGCAGCUUUGGGGAUGACCGCCAUCUCACUAACAGGGUCCUAAGCCUCGGGUACGCAACAAAAUAUACCGCUCGAUCAAAGUGCCUCACUGAGACGCCAGUCACGUACCUUCGCUGGCUCAAUCAACAAACCCGAUGGAGCAAGUCCUAUUUCAGAGAAUGGCUCUACAACUCCAUGUGGUUUCACAAGCACCACCUGUGGAUGACUUACGAGGCCGUGAUCACUGGCUUCUUCCCGUUCUUCCUCAUCGCCACGGCGAUCCAACUAUUUUACCAAGGAAGGCUCUGGAAUAUUUUAUUGUUUCUGCUGAUUGUGCAGGCUGUGGCACUGAUCAAGGCCUCGUUUGCUAGCUGCCUCAGAGGUAACAUUGUCAUGGUUUUCAUGUCGUUCUACUCCGUACUUUACAUGUCGAGCCUGUUGCCGGCCAAAAUGUUUGCGAUAGCAACAAUCAACAAGUCUGGAUGGGGGACCUCGGGGAGGAAAACGGUGGUGGUGAACUUCAUUGGUCUGAUUCCAAUAUCUGUUUGGUUCACUAUCCUCUUCAUCGGGAUUAUCUAUACAGUAAUCCUGCAGACUAAAAAGCCCUUUCCCGAAUCAGAAAAGAUUGUUCUGGUCAUAGGGGCUGUCGUCUAUGCAAGCUAUUGGGUGGUACUGUUGACUUUGUACACAGUGCUCAUUAAUAAGUGUGGGAAGAGGAAGAAGGAAACAGACUAUGACAUGGUUCUGGAUGUGUAAUUUACAGAACCCUCUGUUGUGGUUGUUUGCACUCACACAAUGUUGUUCUACAAAUGUUUUUCAGAUGCAGAGCAGCUCUGGAGGCAAAAUUAGUGCAAAAUCUGAAAAUGAACCAGGGAUUUUUUCAAACUUGAAUGGCAAACAUAUAAAUGACAGGGGCUGCUUUUUUUCUCCCUGUUCCUUCAUGUCAAUAGCAUUCAUGAUCUUAUUACAGCAUGGUAGCUAAUCAGAUUUUUUAGACAUGUUUAGCUGAAGAUCAACGACUGUAAACUAUCUAGCUAAACUUGAUUAGUUAGUAUGGCAAGAUUAGAUAUAAAAAUAUUUUGCAUUUGGCAGCAAGAGUGCUAGGCUUUGUAACACUAGCUACCUCUUGCGCUUGUCAUUUUCACUGGGCCUUCGUCAUUUGCAACUCAGCCAAAGAAACUGGAAUUUGUGUUUCCACCCAUCGCGGUAAGAGCAUUUUACCUCCAGAGCAACGUUGUGUUUCCCAAAGAAACACUUGUACAUCCUGACCAUGGAAUUACGUUGGCCCCGGCACGGCGAGCCAAACAAUAGCGCCACAUGCCUUCAACUUCAAGUCUAACUAAAAUCUCUAGUCUCCUCUGUCGAUGAUUACAUUCUAAACUCUAAAGGUGGUGGGAUGGGCUACUGCCAUCACUUAUUAUGAGUUUCUAAUUCUUCUGGAUCUAAUUAACAGCUCCGGUUAGCCACUAAAGCAUUGAAAGCAAGCAGAAAAAUGCACGAGACGAUAUGAUGCAUUUAGAGAUGCUGCAAAUUCAGAGGUUUUAGCUUUGAGGGCAAAGCAUUAGGAAGAGCUGAAGUAUACAUUUGCAAAGGAAAAAGGGUCUAAAACUUUCUUUUGUUGCACUCAUAUCAUGUGGGAGGGCAACAUACGGCAAUGUAAAAAUCAAUAUCUAUGGUAGUGCAAAGGUGUUUCGUGCAGGUUGUCCUUCUUGAUUUGCUGUUUAAAAUGAAACACAGCACUCACCGCAUUAGGUGAAAAGGUGAACAGGCGACCAAAAGAGAGACGUGUACUAUUGCUGCUGUGACUGUUUUAUUUUAACAGAAUAGACAAUUUUUGUUUUUCUUUUCUUUUUUCUUUUUAUAUAUGAAUGAUGGUUAUAUUUUGUGAAAUAAAAAACACUUCUAUUGUUAAUGUAUUUCUUUCUACCAAGUUGAAUGAAAACCGCUGAUCCGACACGGUGGCCAUGUUCUAAUCCAAAGAUUUAUUGAUUGUUGCACCCAAUGUGUCCUUGAUUUCUUCCACCCCUCCCACACAGUAGCCAAAAUAGUGUGCCUGGAUCCCUCUCCUUCUUUAUAUUCUGUUGAAUAAGCUGCAAAGGAUGAAACAAAUGUGAUAGGAAUACUUUAUUCCCUGAGUAGGAUAAAAUAACUACCCGAUGACAGGAAUGUGAAUAAGGGCACUUGAUGGAAGGGAACAGCAUUUUGGAAGGAAUGUCCAGUUUUUGCUGUAGACCGGGAGCAGAAUUCUUAUGCACUUUUAUGUUCCUCCCGUCGUCCAAAUACCUCAGUGGCUCUCUUUGCAUCUAUUCAAGGCAUUAGGAUGCUGCCCAGAUGCAUUCUGAAGGUCUCAAGUAAUUUAUGAUCUUUCUGUGUUGUUAGAUAUAUUAUUUUAGACAGUUCCUUAUUAAAUAAAAGCUGGAUUUCUCCUUCUUGUCAGCCAUUUGCUGUAGCCUUCCUUGUUGCUUUGUAUUUCAAUGCAUUUUAUGUUUAGGCAUUUUCUUUGAAUUUUCUUCACUACCAAAGAUUCUUUAUUUUCACUCAAGAAUGGGAAAAUGUUUUUGGUGUACUUUUAACUGUUCUGACAAUGACUUGUGUAUCUGACCAAACAAUGUGAAAUUAUGAGCUGGGGGGUUUGUCUGCAAUAACAACAAUAAAAUGCAAUUUGUAGAGGUAAGUUAUUGAUUUCAAGGGAAAGUGAUGUGCCUGUGUUUUUCUUUUUACUUAGAGAGAAAACCAACAUAUUUCUGUAUGAUAAUUCUCUAUGAUAUUUCUCUGUAGUACACGUGUAAAAUUCCUGUGAUUCCAUUUGCCUAGAUUGCAAAAACAGUAAAAACAUUUAAAUCUAAGUUCAUCAUUAUUUAUAAUUUUUUUGAGUCUUACUGUGUUCAGCUCCUAAUACAACAAACGCUUUGGCCAAAGCACACUGACAUCCAAACAGUUGCACUGAAUAGAAUAUUCUUCAAAUGAUGUAUUUUAAAGUUGUGAAGUGCCUUGAGUGAGCGAUUACAAAACAAACUGAUUGACAUAAUACUACACACAAUAAGGAGAAGUUCUAAUCCGAGGUUGAGACAAAGACGUGAACCAUGAGUUGUCCUCACGCCGGGCUAAUCAUGGGCAGUGUUAUCAUAACGCACUUUUGUGUUGUACCAAAUGAAAAUAAAAGUGUUUUAAUUCGC